CUUUUAUUUUGAAAGCUCGCCGGGAACACGGCGCUCGUGAGUGAGAGCGUAGAAUGCACUCUCCAGUCUGACUAGCCGGAGACUUCUGUCUUUAUUUGUCAUUAUGUCAAGGUUAACUAGUAAAUAUCGUUGUCUGUAUCUGUUAAGCCUGAGUUCCAGAUGGAAAUGUCACCAACAAUUAUCAAGAAUGUCAACUGUAAGAAGCGACUUUCAUUCAUCGAAAGUGACCUCAGCAUGUGGUGGACUACUUAAGAAUAUUUCUACAGUAAUGACAGACACAAGGACCAGUUUUUGUGGAGGACAUACAAAUACAAAGAUAAGAGGACUUCAUUUAAACACAACUCUUAUGAAAGACAAUGCAGUUCAAUUCAGAGAACUAACACAGACAGAAUAUGAGAAGUUAGCAGAUGAAACUCUGGAUGCAUUAGCUCAGUAUCUGGAAGACCUCGCAGAUGAAGGCUUCACUGGACUGGACUGUGAUGUCAUACUCUCUAGUGGUGUACUGACGUUAAAAAUGGGUUCUGGUCACGGCACUUACGUCAUCAACAAACAAACACCAAACCGACAGAUUUGGCUUUCCUCACCAACAAGUGGGCCGAAGCGUUACGAUUGGACAGGGGAACGAUGGGUUUACGCUCAUGACGGUGUGGCGUUACACGAACUCCUCUCUAAAGAACUCUCCAUCAUUUUUCAAAAAAACAUAGACCUAUCUCAUCUCAUUUAUUCAUGAUGGCACCAAUGUUAAGAUUUCAUUAUAUUGUAAAUUAUUUCUAUUCAUGCAAAUUGUCUGUUGGGACGUCUAAGGUUUAACAUUAAAGCGUACCUCGACUACA